AACUGGAUUUCCCACACAGAACGCGUCCUCAUACGCAUCACCUAUUGGUUUACUGUCGCGUCGGAACGCACCUACUCAUCACAUUCUCAGUCACAUCUUACUAGCAGCCUUCAAAAUGGCCACCACUGCAAUGGAUUACGAAACCGCCAACGGCGACCGUUUUGAUGAUGAUGGUCCCCGCUACGAGCGUGAUCAGCGAAGCGCGUCUCCCCGAGCCUCUCGCGAUGACGGAAUUGAGACGUCGCGUCGUCGGUCUGCCUCUCCCGCCGCCAACCAAGACCGUGCCCCCAAAGAGGACAAUGGCAACAAGGACGAGGAUGGUUCUGUUAACCCUGGAUCUAACCUCUUCGUGACUGGAAUCCAUCCCAGGUUGACCGAAGCCGAGGUCACCCGCCUUUUCGAAAAAUAUGGCGAGGUUGAGAAGUGCCAGAUCAUGAAGGACCCUCACACCAAGGAAUCCCGCGGCUUUGGCUUCGUGAAGAUGGUUACAUCUGACCAAGCCGAUGCAGCUAAGGAUGGAUUGCAGGGAGAGGAAAUCGAGGGGCGAACCCUCAGCAUUGAGAAGGCUCGUCGUGCCCGCCCUCGCACUCCUACUCCUGGCAAGUACUUCGGCCCCCCGAAGCGAGAGGGUCGUCCUAGAUUCGAUGAUCGUCGCCGUGGAGGUGGCUAUGGUGGCUACAGCGGACGUGACGACCCUUACCGCUACCGAAGCUAUGACCGACCUCGCUACGAUGACCGCGGCGACCGCGGUUACCGUGAGGAUCGAGGAUAUGAUCGUAGCUACCGUGACGCUCGCGGUGGCGGCGGUGGCGGCUAUGGCGGCGGCCGAGAGGAUCGUGGCUAUGACCGCAGCUAUGAUCGCAACUACGGUAGGGAUGAUCGACGUGAGCGUGGUGGUGGUGCUAGUGGUGGUGCUGGUGCUGGAAGCGGUGGAGGUGAGGAUGGAUACGGACGAGUUGACCGCUAUGCUGGUCGUGAAGACCGAGACCGCUACGGUCCUCGGGGAGGAGAUGACCGACGUGGCCCUGGCUACGAGCGUGAGCGCUUCGACCGUCCCGACCGUGAUGGCGGUGCCCGAGCUCGUGAUCCCGCCUCAUCUGGCUACGGCGAACCUGCAGCUCGACCCGAGGCCCGUGAAAGUUACGGAGGUGCGCCUUGAUUACUGAAAAAAACGACUAUCCGACAUGCCUAGCCUGCCGCUGCUAAUGCGUCAUUCAGGAAACGGUCGCUAUAUGCGUUAAGGGUGUCUACUCUGCACUCGCGUCUAAUGGUUCGGUGCUUGAUGGUAGUAUCGUCUCCUUCAUCUUGUGUCAUUUCUCUUCAGGCUUGCGAGUACGGCGGAUACCAUAAAAGAUGUGACAUAUGGAGUUUAAUACGGCAGGUAAAGGGAAGGAAAAGGCAUCGACCACUAUGUUUUUUUCUCUU